UCCUGGAUGCAAUCUUCCAGCCUGUUGGAGACACUUCAGGGCAAGAGCAGGUGCCAUCAGUCUGUGGCCCAUGGAGUCUGGCCCUUCUCUCCUCUGCGUCUUCUGCCUCCUGCUGCCCUCCUACAGCCAGGCCAGGGCUGCACCUCCUUGGCACCGAAAGUUUGAGUACAAGUUCAGUUUCAAAGGGCCCAGACUGGCGAUCUUCGGGCAAGAAAUACCCUUCUGGAGCCACCACGGAGAUGCCAUUCCUGGGCUAGAGGAGGUGAGACUGGCCCCAUCCAUGAGGAACAAGAGUGGAGUCAUGUGGACCCAGGCUGCCAUCCCCUUUCCCAACUGGGAGGUGGAGGUGGCCUUCCAUGUAUCUGGGCUGGGCCGCCUGGGAGCUGAAGGGAUGGCAGUAUGGUAUACCCGGGACAGAGGCUGGACUGGGCCAGCCCUAGGUGGGCCAGCUUUCUGGGAUGGCAUCGGGAUCCUCUUUGACUCUUUUGACAAUGAUAAUCAGAACAACCCUGUCAUCCAGGUUUUGGCAAAUGAUGGGCAAACUCCAUAUGACUACCUCAGGGAUGGAGGGGGCCAGGUGCUGGGUUCAUGUCUUCAGGAUUUCCGGAACCGGCCAUAUCCAUUCCGAGCUAGAAUCACCUACUGGGAGGAGAAGCUUCGGGUAUCUGUGAACAAUGGCCUCACCACUCAAGGAGCAAUAGAUGAGAUCUGCACUGAAGUGGGACCCCUUCUUCUGCCCCCUGGAGGCUUCUUCGGGGUCUCAGCAGCCACUGGCAUCCUAGCAGAUGACCAUGAUGUCCUGUCUUUCUUGACCUUCAGCCUGAGCAAGCCAGCUCCAGAGGUGAAGUAUGAAUUGGGUCCCCUCCUUACUUGUUGUUGGAGUGGUGACACCAGCCUCUUCUCAAUGGGCUCUGUCCUGCCUCUCCAUCCUGCCACCACCCAAUUCUCUCCCCAGGCUCUCCCCUAUGUCAUUCUUGAAGCUGAACAACACAGGUUCAAGCAUCAGCUGCAGGAUUUGCAGAAGGAGCUGAGACACCAAAAGGAAACUUCUCCAAAGCCAGACUUGGCCACCCCCUCCUGGGGGGAAGGGUACGUUGAUCUAGAGCUGACCCUCAAGAGAAACAGCCGGGUCCUGGAGCAGCUACAGGACCUCUCAGGGAAGAUGACUCAGACUGUGGGACAGUGGAAGAGUCAAAUGCAGUCCUUGGGGCACCUGGACAAGGCGAAGCAGGAGGCUGAUGGUGCCCAGGCAAGAGGCUGGAAUUCUGCUGCUGCAAGGACCCUCCUCCAAGGACAGCAGGCUUUGCUUCAGAACAUGCAGGAGAUGAGGGCUGCUGCUGCCCGCAUCGCCUCCAAGGCUAAGGCUUUCUACCUGCCUGUGGGCACAGAGCAUCACUUCCAGGAGCUACAUCAGACCUUGGCCCUGCUGCAAAAAGAUGUAGAAAGUUUGCUCCACCUGCCGGUGCGAGACUGA